CUUCGUCAGUUUGAAUCUUGGCUUGCAGCUGUGAAGAUAUCUACGAGAGUCAGGAAACUCGCUAUAACUUUAAAUCGUUUUGUAUUAAAUAAUAAUAAAGUGCAGUAAUAUGUCGGGAUUAAUGAAUGGCUUUCUGCUUUUGUUCGCCUGCAAUUUGCUGUUGGCUGUGCACGUAUCUGCCAAUAAGCAGCAGAAAAAUCAAAACCAAGAAAUCUGGGAACAAGACCUUUCGGACACCUUUAAAAUCGAGGGCAGCGACCAGGGCAUUCAAAAGGUUAACCUCAAGUGCGGAGCGGACUCCAUGAACGUGGUGCUGGAGACGGAGAAGCCUUUCAUGGGUGUGAUGUACACUCGUGGCAGCUUCUACAAGCAGUCUGCGCCGUGCUUCAUGAAGCCAUCUUCCAGCCAGGGAUCCCGCACAAUGGAGAUGAACUUCCAGCUGGACCAGUGCCAGACGAUCCGGGAUGGUGAUCUCUACACCAACAUCGUGGUGAUCCAAAACGACCCAGAGCUGAUCACACCCGGAGAUUCGGCCUUCUCGCUGGAAUGCGACUUCCGGCAGCCUCGCAACCUGGACGUGGAGGCCAGCAUGCAGGCCAGGGACAGAGUGGCCACUGGUUCGAAAAUCACACUCACAAGUCCUGAUCCCGCGGCACCCACGGAACACCUACAUAACUCGGUGGUCAGCAACAGCGACUCGGUCGCAUACAUACCAAAGUUCAGUCGGCCAAAUAGAACCAUACACCUGGGCUCCGUGGAGGAGGUGACGCUGCCAUCGUCCUCCCAGGCGCGAGAUGAGCUCUAGGAACACCUACACUCCACGAAACGAUACUUAAAUAGAACACAAGAUACUCAAAGACAUUAUCACAACACUUAAAGAAACACCACAGAGUACAGGAAAUUAGCACAGAAUGCGACGCAGGCGCCAACGGAAGCAAAUUGAUGGCAAUUGUGCGGCAAAUGCAUUAACACCACUUCAUGUAUUUUCAUUUAAAUGGUUUUUCAUAUCCUGUGAUAUUUUUUAAGUUUGUGUUUAAUAAAAACUUGGCAAAAGU